GAACACUGUCCCUUUAAAUCCGCCAAACGGGUCUUUAUUUGGCAGGAAGUUAGCUUAGCUAGCAGCAAACCAAUAAUGAGGACACUCUGAGGAGCAGUUAGCUGCUUCUUGCGCCCUUUGAAAAGGAGAACCAUAUUUUUAACCUGUAAUUGAAGACAAGUUCAAAUCAGCUAUGUCUACGGCGGUGGAUCUUAAAACCAAGGAGGAGAAAGAUGCAGAAUUGGACAAACGAAUCGAAGCUCUGAGAAAGAAGAAUGAAGCUCUGGUUAAGAGGCACCAGGAAAUCGAGGAAGACAAGAAGAAGGCAGAGCAGGAAGGUAUCGCCGUGACGACGCCCCGGAGACCCCGAACUCAUGAGCCAGAGACGGACAGGCUGCGGGCGGAGAAGGAAAACUUUACAGUCACUGUGGAUCUUUCCAAGCCGUCAGCGGAAAAGAGAGUUGUAAAUGACUGGAAACCCAACACGCCUCGUGGCCGGAAGAAAUCAGAGGAGAGCGAUACUCCUAAAGGUCCCAGCGACGGCCACAGCCCACCCAGGAGGACGGGGUCUGGAAGAGUUGGGCGAGGUGGUCAGAGAGGAGGGCGCCAAGAAAGGAGAGAAUGGGAGCCCAGGACCCCCAGAGAGGCAGAGCCUGGUGACUCUGGAGGCCCGGGACGCAGAGGAGGAAGAAGAGGAGGAAGAGGAGGAGGAGGUGGUGGUGGAGGAGGAGGAGGAGGCGGGGGAGGAGGAGAAGGUACGCCAGGUGGAAUUGACAGGAAGUCCAAGGAAUGGGAGGAGAAGAGGCGACAGAACAUAGAGAUGAUGAAUGAGGAAAUGGAGAGGAUAGCGGAGUAUGAGAGAGGACAGAGGCCGGAUGGAGAUAAACCAAUCCGUAACUUUUUGGACGACCCCAGGCGUUCUGGUCCCACUCCAGAUACGGACCGGAAAGAAGGCAGCAGGAGACACGUACGGAACUGGGGAGGGCUGGACUUUGAAAACGUGAAAACAGGAUCUGAACUGGAGAGAGAGUGGACUAGUCGUCGCCCGGGUCCAAAGGGUGGCUCUAUGGACAUGACGAUGUCGAUGACGGGUCGCGAGAGAGCGGAGUACCUUCGCUGGAAGAAAGAGCGUGAGCAGAUUGAUGAUGAGAGAUUAGCACGGCACCGUAACGCCACGGGCCAGUGGAGACGGGAGUGGGACGCGCAGAAGACUGAGAACAUGUUUAAGGAGGAUCAAUACGUGGCUGCAGAGGGCGUAACAAGUGAGGAGGGUGGCAGAAGAGUGAGGGAGCGUAAACCGCAUACAGGGCAUCGGGGAAGAACCUCAGACGACAGUAAGCGGCCUCCUAGAGCGCCAACAUUUGGAGACUUUCUGUCCCAGGGCAGGAACCAGGCGCCCCGUGGAGACCGAAGCAGAGGGAGGGGCCGAGGACCGAGACAGAGUUACAGCAUGCAUGAUAACCGCUGGGAGGGAGAGAGAGAAGAAGAAGAGAAGGAAAAAGAGGACAAGACAAAGAGGGAGGUGAAACCUACCCAGAAGAAAGUUAAGAAAGAGGAAGAAGAGGAAAAAUCCAAGCUGAAAACGGAGGGAAAGAAGGUGGAGGAGAAGAAUGACGGCGAGCCGGGAGAUGAUGAGGAUGAAUGGGAGGAUGCCAGUGAUGAAGAUGAAGUCGGAGAUGAAAGCGACUCUGAACAGGAGUCCAGAGGGGGCGAGAAGAGAGACAAAAAUAAAGAAAGCCCCCCCACCUCUGCCAAGCAACAUUUACAGAAAAAAUCAGCAGCAGGCCCCAAGGAGCAGCGGACCCCGAGGCCGAAGGUCCAAAUCCCCCCUCCAGCGGCUCCUCUGGAGCCGGCAGACAGAGGAAAACCCCUCAGCCCAAUAUUCCUGCUGGAAGCACACAAACCUGUUCGAGACUGGGGGGAGGAGAUGGAGAUGCAGUCACCCAGGAGCAGCAUGGGAGAGGGGAGCCCGCUGAAGCCCUCCAGCACCGAGUCCUGUCCUCCUCAGAAGAAGAACCAGGAGGAGGAGGAGAGCCCAGCUGGUGGCUCCAGUGGACCCAGAGAGCCACAGGAGGAGCAGACGGGUGGAGAAGCCAUAGAUGUAUCGUCUCCUUCAGUAAACCUCCAGGAGACCGUCACGGUAUCAGAGCCAGAAACGGUCACCUCAGAACCCCCUGCCGCACCACCCGCCUCUGAUCCCGUCCCGUCUGAAGACUCCGACCCUGCGACCUGCUCUGAAGUCGAUGGAGCUGCUGCACCAGCUGACCAGGCUCCAUGUGCUGCUCCAAGAGAAGAGGAAAAGUCAGACCCUCCUCCAUCUGUUGCAUCCGCUGAGGCCGAGCAGAGUCCCCCAGAAGUGGCGCCCAGAGAAGACGAAGGGAUGGCUGCGGCUGGGAAUGAUGAAACUCCAACAGCCGAAGCAGAGACGUCUUCAGAGCCGACGGAAUCAGGUUGAUGCUGACGGGAGCAAAGAAAGAGCUGGGGAGCGCUACGCUGAAGGCACCGAUGAGUUUAAUCAUCAUCAUGAGGAAGAGUGAGGGAGCUUUACAUCCAGGGACCAACUGGUUGUUCAGAGCUUUGGUUCGAAUCCGUCUGUGUUCUGUUCUUCAUCCUGGCAUCAUUGGCAACAUCUCCAUCUGUUUAAUUAGUUUACUCUCAAUAUUUAAAUCAACAAAAACGUCUCUUUUACGUCCAAUGUUGUCCUGAAUUCAGGGAGCAGUAAGUGAUUGCUUGAUGCUGCAGGCCGGGCAGUAAUUAGACCUGAGUUCGGCUUUUUAGAAUCAACUCUAGAAACUAUUAUACACACUUAAUUUUGGUUUUAAUAAUUAUUUUAUUCACACAUAGUGAGGUUUGUUUCAAUAGCAGAUGAAUUCAUGGUUUGGAAACAACAGCUUUUAUAUAUUUUGUCUUAUUUUAUGUGCUCAAUGAUCUGAAACUUUAAAGUGUGAUUCAAAACGAAGGAGAAACCUUUUGGCAGCAGAGGAUGCGUACAAAAAAAGAGGUAUUUGUGGAGUUUUUAUCGCAUUUUCUGUUUGCAUGGCAUCCUCUCGCUUGGUUAACCCGAUGGUACAGAAAACGUCAGAUAUAAUAGAUUUAAACUGUUCAAAUCACAUAAUUUUUUAUUGCUACAGCUAUAUUAAGGUAUGAAAUAAUCAUUUCAGAGUUACUCUUUUAUUGACAGUUCACAAUUUUCUGAGGUUUUUCCUAAAGCUGCAGAAAAACAUUUUUUAAUCUUCUCUCUUUAUCAAUUAUCUGCUUAAGCAUCAAAUGAUGCAGGGAAGAAGCCCGGUUUGGUGGUGUUACCCCCUCAGAGUUCAUCAUGUACGACACCUUAAACUCAUUGUAAGCUGGCAGGUUUACAGCUGUGUUCUCAGGUUAAAGCGUGAUUUAUUUCAUCCUAAAACCACCUGGCGGGCAGAUGAGAGGUGUACGAUAUUUGUUUUGCAUCUUAAAAGGAAUGGGGCACAUUAAUCAUGUCUUGUAUAUAAAAUCAAAGUAAAUGUAGACAUAAGUGGUUUGGGUUUUAAUGUAAAAGAUGCAGUAAAAUCGCUACUAGUUUAGCUUAUCUCACCUCUCUUUGGGUCGCUGACACUUUUUCUGCUUCAAGGAGACAUCAUGUCUGCUUUAAUGAUUUUAUGCAAUCACUGCUCCCUGUUUCACUAGCAGAGAAAGAAUCAGGGAAUUUAACUUCCUGACAUCAGUCCAAUGAGUCGCCUCACAUUUUAUAGAGUUUAUUUGUACUGCAAGGGAAAAAUCAUGUAAAAAAAAAAAGAAAGAUAUGCAUGUUUUAUGUUGCUUUAUAUCAAAUCAUGUUUUUUCAAUCUCAAGCAAUCAGCUGUUUUUUGUUUUUAUUUUUUGCUUUAAACCAGCUCCUCACUGCUCUUCAUAUAUGAAUUAAAUCUUUCUUUGUUGGAUCGGUGUAAUCCAUCUUCAGGACAUUCUGUGACUCACAUGCAAAGAACAACACUGCCUCUAAAGUUAGUUUUUCUACUCUAAGUUACCUUUAAAAAAAAAAGAAUGAUGUAUUGCAUUUGAUUUUACAGUGUGUGUUCUCUGUCUGUUGAAUGCUCCUCAUACCUCAGCAGACCAAGAGGGCUUUUUUGUUUGGUUUGUUUGAAUUUUUUCUCAUUUUGUAAAUGGUGCGUUUGAGGACGUAACGACAAACUGUUUGCUUUAAAAUCUUUGUGUUGAAUUCUGAUGAAUAAAGUCGAUGAAUUUGGGUUCAAAGA